AUGAGAAUUUCCUGUCCCAGAAUGUUCUGUCAGCAGUGGCUGUUGGUUCUCUCGAGGCCUUCAGAAACGAAGCAGCAUCAAAUAAAAAUGUCACCAGUGAGAACAUGCCCCGCAGACGUAGCAUCGGACCUGCCGAAUACUGUCACCGUACAGAGGUGGAGGUUUGCAUUGAUCCAUCCGAGACAACAUUGUUCCGGAGGUAUCGAUGCUUAA